CAGUUUGAGGCAUUCCUAGUAACCAGAACAUGGAGACACCCUAACUAAAUUCCUUUUUAAUUUAAACAAGCAAUGACCUGCAAUGUUGACUGAGACUCCAGUAAACCCACUGAAAUCUGAGCCCCCCUGGAAAACCCACGGGACCCAACAUGCCCAGACCCUGCGUUGUUCUGCUUGCCGGCUGCCCUCGUCACUCCCCGGAUGCGAGGGCUCUGUCCGCUGGCAGGCUGCGGAGCUCCGCAGGACGGGCGUCUCUCACCGCUGCUGCUUCCUGGGCGUGGAGACUCGUGAGGAGCUGGUGUGGGAGACCUGGGAGCUGGGCCGCGAGUUCACCAAGACGUUGACGCUGAAGAACGUGCACAGCGAGCUGCAAAAGCUCAGCUUCAGGCCUCCCGUCUCCACUGUCUUCAGCACAAUAUUACCUCAGACCAUCCUUCUGAGCCCUGGGACGUCCUUCUCUCUACCUGUCACCUUCCGUCCUCUUCAGAAGCACGAGUACUCAGACAGCAUUGAGUUCCGGAGCAAGGCCGGGGUGUUCCAGGUGUCCCUGCGCGCCACCAUCCCAUGCCAUGCCCUGGAGGUGCCGGAAGUCAUCAGUGUGCCCCUUUGCGCCGUGUGUGACACCUCCCAGACCACCUUCGUGUUCCGCAACACCAGCAAGCUGCGGACAAACUUCCUGUGGGAGGUGGGCCUGCCCUUCCAGCUGAGCCCGGAGGCCGGAAUGCUGAAUCCUGGGGAGGAGUGCAGUGUGACGGUGGUGUUCAAACCACAGGCGGCGCUGGUGUACCAAGAAGAGGCCAGCUGUGCCUUUGGGGAGGAGGGAGAAAGCCGCUGCUCUGUGCUGCUCCAAGGCCUGUCCAAAUACCCUCAUCUGCAAAUUUGUCCCUUGGAGAGAGAGGAUGGACGCUCUGUGCUGGAGUUUGGCAGUGUGCCAGUGGGACAGACUCUGGAAAAACACUUUGACAUCUUCAAUCCUUCCCAGGUGAGCACCUCCUUCAGGCUGAGCAGGGUGCAGCAGCCGGAUCUGCUGGAGGCCGUGUUCCAGUGUGAGGUGCGCGAGGGCAGAGUGGCCCCGGGUUCGUCAGUCAGGGUACCCGUCACUUUCUCGCCUCAAGUGGUGGACUGCACCAGUGUGGAAUACUUCUCCCUAUCCUACCCUGGGGCACUCAGCAGAGCCAUGCUCAAAGUCACGGGCACCUGUGAAGGCCCGCGGGUGUCCCUGGGAGCGGCCGUGCUGGACUUUGGCUGUCUGGCGCUGGGAGAGGAGGCCAUGCGGACAGUGGAGCUGGCCAACUCGGCCGCCGCGGAGGCGUAUUUUCAAUUCGACGUGGACGCCAGCGGCCACAGCGUGUUCACCCUGGAGCCCCCCUGUGGCAUCCUGCAGAGUUACGCCUGCUUCACCGUGCUCGUUCACUUCCGCCCGCGACAGCCCAUCACCCACUACAGGAGGGUGGCGUGCCUGCUGCUGCACAGGGAACCUCUCUUCCUCGACUUGAUUGGCACCUGUCACACGGAGCACCUGAGGCCGGCGGUGCUGAGUGCGAAGCACCUGCGCAGGUAUCACAUUCAUCGGGCCCGCGGCCUUACAUGCUACCCUCCGGACAUCCUGAGCACCAUGCUGACAGAGAACAAGUUGCAGCUCGACCAGGAGGGGGCGCUGUGCCUGUCAGAGAAUACAACCACGAACACGCCGAUGUUGGAGAGCGCUGAGUUGGAGAGGAAGCCCAUGGAGGAGUACUUUGAGGAGAGUGUGGGUGUCAGCGCCGGCCUGCGCGUCCAUCGGGAGCUCUCUGGCACGUUCUCUGGCCCUCACGUCUCGGUCGACCCCCCAGAUCUGCUCUUCUACGGGGGGUCGCGCUCCCGGCCCGUCUCCGUCACAAACCAUACGAAGGGCAAGCUCAGCCUCCAGUGGACAUCAGCGCUCGGGUCGCCGUUCACCAUCUCCCCGGCGUCCUGUGAACUCGCCCCGCUCAAGAGCACCUCCUUCAGAGUCAUCUACAAGCCCCUGCAAGAUAACACACUCCAUGGAGCCCAGCUUGAGUGUUUUGCCUCCUACAAGGUUCUCCAGGACCAUUAUCAAGUGGACAGUCGCACAGUCUGUCCGCCGUGGUGCAUCACCGUCAAUGUCUGCGGUCACUCCUUCCAGCGUGGCUGCGAGCAUUUCUCCCCAAGCCUCUCAAUACAUCGCCCCCUAGUGGUGUUCCCUCCUCUUAGUCAGACGUCCCACCGGACGGUUCUCCUGCAGAACGUAGGAGAUUUGCCCAUCACCUUCAGCCUGGACCCUGAGGAGUGUCCCAGCGUAACGGUGCGACCCACUAGCAGCCUCAUUGGACCAGGAGAUCAUCAGAUCCUCAUGCUCAGGAGCACGCCGGCAGAGUAUGGUCCAGGCAAACUGCUCCUGUCCUUACAGCUCAAUGCCACCAGCAAAUACACUAAGGAGCUGACAGUGGUCAGUAUUGUGGAAAAGCCACGUAUAUCCAUCGAGGGGGACGGCAGUCUGUUCUUGAAGCCCACAGCGGUGGGCUCCUGCUCGAGCCGGUCCUGCUGGGUGAAGAACAUGAGCCGCACGCCUCUGCAGUUCAAAUGGCGCAUCUUGAGCUCGGACAGACGCGUGCUCUCCGUCCAUCCGGAGGGCGGGAUCCUGCAGCCCAAUGAGACCAAGGCUCAGAUGUGGUCCUUCACUCCUCUGGCUGAGAUGCUGUACACUCUAAAACCCAGUCUAACAUUCUGGCCAGCUGAAAGCCCUGAGAACAGGAGGUCCCGCCUCUGCAUCAGUGUGGUGGGGUCAGCUUCCCAGGGUUCCAUGCAGGCAGAGUGCUUUGUGCUUGACUUGGGGGACAUUUUGGUAGCCAGCUCCCAGCCGUGUCACCUACCUUUGCUCAACAACGGCUCCUGUGACCUCACCUUCUCCCUGGAAGUGCAGCAGAGCAUCCAGGAUCCAGAUCUUCCACAAGAUGAGUGGAAAGACCCUUUGGCCCUGGAACUGGACUCCCUCACAGGCACAAUUCCUGCCCGGUCCAGGAUGCUGAUCCGCUGCAGAGUAAGGCCUGCUCGCAGGGUGAGGUACACCUGGUCCAUCAGCUACCACACCCUCAACCACCGUGGCUCUGCAUUGACAGGCCCUCACGCGCUGUGCCAGGUGCAGUGCCGAGGCGUGUACCCGGAGCUAAGGGUGACAGAUGCUCACGGCCAGGGCAGCACGGCCGGGCUGAACAAACGGCACAUAUGGAGGCUGCUCUCUCUGAGUGCCCUCAAUGCGCAUCUGAGCCGGGACCCCACUCCGCCCGAGCUUCUCUACAGGACGCCCACGCGACACAGCCUGCGGCGCCACCCGUCCAUCUUCACCCCGGUGAUGCUGGACUUCAACUUUAACGCGGCUCCACUGGGAUCAGACCCCUCUAGCGUGAUGCUAGUUUUGGAGAACACGGGGAGCAUUCCGGUGGAGUGGCGAUUCCUGUUCCCAGAGGACCAGCACAUCGAGCUGGAGUACUGGGCAGAGAGCGGUGAACUGAGCCCCACUGAACUCCACCACAUGCGCGUCCAAGAUGGCAGGCUCAUCUCCAUCAUGCCUCGUUCUGGAAAGCUGGAGCCUGGCCAGCAGAGAGCGCUGGAGCUCGCUUACAGGCACGAGUUUACCGGUACUUACCGCCUGCCGGUGGUGCUGAAACUAUCCUACGGGCGCGAGAUCCUGUUGAACUUCACUGGAGUGACAGUUGAGAAGGACACGCGCUACAUUCACUUCACGUCCAACAAGCACAUCUUCGCCCCCGUGGCCAUUGGAGGGUAUAGCCCCCCCAGGCAGACCUAUGAAAUGUACAACGGGGGUGCUGUCCCAGUGUUGUACCGGAUUGACACGGCCCUGCUGGACCAGCUCACCGCAGAUAACUUUGGACACCCCAUCCUGCAGUGCCUGAACCCCACCGGAGAGGUGCAACCAGGCUGCAUGGCACUCAUUGAGUGGAUCUUCUCCCCCUUGGAGGCCAAGACCUACAGUGUGGAUGUUCCCAUCCAUGUGCUGGAGGGAGACUCUGUGCUAAUGACUUUUGAAGGUUGUGGGUUCGACAGCCGAGCGCUGGGAGAGUCAGCUCCUCUGCACCUCCAUAGAGACCAUCCAGCUAUACCCAGUCCACAGAGGGAGGCGCUCCCUGGGCAGCUGGUCACCCUGUCGGAGGAGUACAUCUCUCUUGGGGACAUCCCCGUCUGCUCCCGUACCACACGCAUCCUCUUCCUGACCAACAUCUCCAGCACAGACACAGUGGUGUACACCUGGAACCUGGAAGAGCAGGACCACCAGGAGGCGGUACGGAUCCAUCCUGAGAGUGGAGAGUUGGAGGCUGGUCAGAGCACCACCCUCAUCCUGACGUUACAGGCUUCUGGAAACCCCACCUUCUACCUGCUCAACCUCAUCUGCCAGGUGACACCAGCAGGCAGUGUGACACAGUAUGAACAGGAGCUGCAGCAGUGGGAGCAGGAGAAACAGAGACAAAAGGACGAGUUCACCAUCACGGAACAAAAUUCCCAGCUGCCCAGUCCACCGCAGCAGCAUGACGACACCCUGCUGCGGAACGGGACUCAGGAGUGCGCGACUUUAGCACAGAAAACAAGCAUCGCGUUAAGAACGUAUAAGACGCUGCCCCCCAUCCACAGCAUGAGCAGUAGCCUCGAGGGAGGUCCUUGUCUGAGCCCCACCCGGGCCGAGCGCAGGGCCCUAAGGGAGGCGUUCCGCGUAUGGAGGAGGCCGGAGUCACCUCGGCCCGCCCUGCUGCACCUGGGGGUGACCGCCCGCUCCCACUCCCUGCUGGAGUUCCAAAGCUACUACCCCACCUGCUUCCAUGCCCACUACAUCCAGAGGAACCUGCAGCCCAGGGCUCCUCUCCCUGAAGCCCGUGAAAGGCUGUCACACUCGGCUAAAACCCUGCUUCUCAGCCAUGGUCCGGAGAGAGAAAUUGUCACUCAUGCCCUCUCCGCCAUAAUCAGCGGUGUCCUCGACGACCCUCUUUUCCAUCAGUCUCUGGUGGAAAGCUGCGCUUUUCCUGUGCCCUAUUUUAUCCAGUUGCGCAGCGCAGAGCCCCAGCACUCAGACUCACGCUCAUACUCACACUCCCCGGGCUGCGUGGAGAGCCCUGGUCCUGGGGCGAGGUCUAGCUCUUCCAGCGUCCAAGUGAGACGUGCUGCUGCCGGCCCGGGGCACCGCCGUGGCGAAGAGCCGAACAAAUCCGCGCCCGAGUCUGGUCAACACUUAUCAGAACUCCAAGAUGCUUGGCAGCAGGAGCAAGAGCUGGUGAUGAGGGAGGCCAUCAGCAGGCUUCCGGAAUUCUGUGAUCUGCUGGAGGAUGUGCUGCUCAACACAUUACAGAACCUGAUGAUGGAGGCCUUUCACGGGGAGCUGGUCCUCACCACAAAGCCUCGUGUCAUUGCUCAACCGCCUCCUCACUCCAGGAGAUCUCCCAGCCGCGCUUCCCAGAGGUCCUCGCAGCUCAUAGCAGAGACGGACAGAACGAAGGAGGCCAAUGGUCCAAGCAGGACCAGCCCCAGUCUGGGCCCCCAACCUGUCCCCUCUAUGCCUCCGUCCAGCCCAGAACAGCAGGAUUAACACUGUAGGUUGGGUCAUCUCCACUGGUAGGCGUGGGGUUGUCCAGGGAAGAUGAGGAUUGCUAUGUAGAGAGCAAAAGAGUAAUCCAUUAGUCAAUAAUUAAACUGAAAGUGCAAAACUUAAACAGAUGAAACAAUCUAACAGAAUACAAAAAAGAGUUUUGCAUUUAGAACGGAUUGGAAAUCAAUCUAAAUCUAUGUAAAAAUAAACAUGGAAAUUAAAAGUUAAUGUACAUGUUUUAAUACUUUGCCUCUCAUAGCUGAAUAAAGUGCACGCAAAAGCUUUCCAUGCCAAUGAACUGCUGAUAGACUUGUGCACUAAAAUUCAACGAGUGGUGGAAUUGCCCCAAAUGUUCCAUUAAUGGCCAAUGAAAGUAUUGAUUAUAUUUACAUUAAUUCAUUUAAUAGACAUUUUUCUCCAAAGUGACAUACAUGUCAAAGAACAGUACAAAAGUACAAUGGAGAGAUUCGGGCGCAGACACGUCAUUCUUUGGUGUCAAUUUGUCACAUUCCACCAUAUGAAGCAGUGCACAUCACACAAGUAGCUGCAUUUAGGCAUUCGAUUAUUAAAUUACUAAAAACUAUUAAACAUCUGACAAAUGGUGGAGUUGCCUCAAAUGUUCAGUUACUGGCCAAUGAAAGUGUUGAAUAUGAUAGAUGAGGGUGACAUGGAGUGGAGCCAAAUGUUGCUCAGUGAGGUUCAAAAUUUUGUCAUACUGUUAAGUAUGUGAAGCAGCAACAUUUCCAGUUUAGUUAUUUUAACUGGUUGUUGCAUUUAUUACUUU